AUGCCACGUCCACGGCAUUUCACCACAGGCAUUCCCCGCGAGUUGCGAGCAGAACUGGGCUUACGAGACAGCUACGGCGACAAAGCACGAAACCAAAACGGUCCCACGUCGCGAAAGGACGAGCGCAAGGAAGAACGACAAGAAAGGAGACGCCCGAAUCAAUUCAAAGGCGCUAGGAAAAAUUCUAGAUACCAAGCGGACAGUGAGGAUGACGAAGAUGCCGACGACAUCAGCUCCGAAGAGGAGGAGAAGCCGGUGAUCAAAGCAAAGAAAGCAAAGACAACCGAUACCAGCGAUCAAACGUCCAAGACAGGAUCAAAAGUGUCCAGAGUGGUUCGCGACAGACUCGAGCAGGACGAUAAAGAGAUUGAAGCGUUGGAGAAACGGCUUGGUAUAAAGGGACGGAAGAAACUUCCCAAGGCUUUUGAGGAAGAAGGUCUUGCUGAUAUUCUUGGUGAUCUUGGCGAGGAUUCGGAACAAGAGGACAGCAAGAAACGAAAACGAGAAGGCAAUGAUUGGCUUCAGAGGAAGAGAAGAAGGGCGCAGGGGUUGGACUCAGACUCAGACGACGACGGCAGUGGAAGCGAGGACUCUGUCGGUAGUUCCGGCGAUUCAGGCGAUGAUUUGGAUUUAUUGAACGAGGACGAAUCCCAGGAGGACACGGAUGAGGAGGCUGGUGAAGAAGACGACUUUUCAGGCUUCGACGACGAGGACGAAAACGAAGACGAGGAAUCAUCAAGUGAACCUACACCGAAAAAGAUCCGAGAAAACCCAUAUAUUGCCCCGGUCACAAAUACAACACCAGCCACAAAAUACAUCCCUCCGUCGUUGCGUGCAACUGCCUCAGGAGGCACUGAUGAAGAUGUCCGUCUGCGCCGACAAGCCCAAGGACUGUUGAACAAGCUGUCGGAAGCCAACCUCAUUUCCAUUCUUAACGACGCCGAGAAGCUGUACCGAGAAAACCCACGCCAAAGCGUCACUUCCACGUUCGCCUCUCUACUUUUGAAUCUGAUUAUAGAUCGGACAUUGCUGCAAGACACAUUUAUUAUUCUUCAUGCAGGAUUCAUCGCCGCAUUAUACAAGGUCAUUGGCAUGGACUUUGGUGCCCUUAUUAUUCAAAACUUGGUCGAGACCUUUGAUAAAUCCGCCGAUGAAAGAGGCCCCUUUGUGGGCAAGGAACACCUCAACUUGAUGUCCUUGCUAUCCCAACUGUACAAUUUUCACGUCGUUGGGAGCAAUCUGGUAUUUGACUAUAUUCGACUUUUUCUGGAAGAAAUCACAGAGGGAAAUGCCGAGUUGCUGCUGAAGAUAAUCAGAAACUCUGGCCCUCAGCUACGACAGGACGAUCCAUCUUCCCUCAAAGACAUAGUCCUGCUAAUCCAGCCUGCUGUCGCCCGCGUCGGCGAAUCGUCCUUGUCGGUUCGCACCAAAUUCAUGAUUGAAACAAUCACCGAUCUCAAGAACAACCGCAUGAAGACCGGCGUGGCAGCCUCCACGAUAUCAUCUGAGCACAUAACCAAAAUGCGCAAGAUUCUGGGAUCUUUGAACAACCGGGGCAUCCGCGCCACUGAACCCAUUCGCAUUUCUCGAGCUGACAUCCAGAACUCAGAGAAGAAAGGAAAAUGGUGGCUUGUCGGAGCCAGCUGGAAAGAAGACGACCCAUUGGAAGCUGCGCGGCGAGAACUCUCCACUACCGGCACCAAGGAGAAGCACUCAGCAACAGACGAAGAUAGCGAAGGAGAGCCGGAUCUCGUCAACAUUGCCAGAGCACACCGUAUGAAUACUGAUGUCCGGCGCUCCAUCUUUGUCGGCAUCAUGUCCGCCACCGAUUACCGGGAUGCGCAUGUGCGGCUCACAAAAUUACAUUUGAAGCGGAAUCAAGAGUACGAAAUCCCGCGUGUCCUGGUUCACUGCGCCUCGGAAGAAGAGGCGUAUAACCCUUACUACACGCUCAUAGCCCGCCGAAUAUGCAGCGAGAUGGGACGACGCCUCAAGAUGUCAUUUAUGUUCACGCUUUGGGACGUCUUUAAGCGAAUGGGCGAGAAGGGCGAUUUCGAGGACGACGAGGACGAAUUCAAUGGGUUUGACGAGGAUGACGACGAGACAAAACUGAACAUGAAGGCAAUCGUCAAUCUUGCCAAAAUGUACGGCGAUCUGAUCACAGACAACUCACUGACUCUGGCGAUUUUGAAGAACCUAAAUUUCGCCUAUCUGCAACCAAAGACGACUACUUUUGUUGAGAUUCUGAUCAUCACAGUCAUCCAGCAAUCGCAGGCGAAAAAGAAGUCUUCAACUACGAAAAAGGACGAGGGGCAGAAGAAAGAUGAAAAGACCCUCGCUCGCAUCUUUUUGCAGAUUCACGAUACAGCGCCGCAUAUUGCGAAAGGGCUAAUAUAUUUUGUUCGCAAAGUUGUGGCGAAGUCAGAUAUUGUGGCUUCCUCCAAAGACAGGAAGCUGGUUAAAUGGGGCUGUGGUGUUGCGGUGGAUGCAUUGAAAGGAGUGCAGACGGGGGAAUAA